GCAAGCCGCCACAUACAUUGCAAGCCUUGGGCAAGCACUGGCUUAUUGUCACAAGAAAGACGUGAUUCACAGGGACAUAAAGCCGGAGAACCUUUUGCUGGACCAUGAGGGUCGAUUGAAGAUUGGGGACUUUGGGUGGUCAGUGCAAUCCAGAAGCAAGAGACACACAAUGUGUGGGACGUUGGACUACUUGGCACCCGAAAUGGUGGAGAACAAAGCUCAUGAUUAUGCAGUUGAUAACUGGACUCUGAGCGUUCUUUGCUAUGAGUUCUUGUAUGGUAUGCCUCCAUUUGAGGCUGAAACCCAGAAGGAUACAUUUAGAAGGAUAAUGAAGGUUGACCUCAACUUUCCCUCCACCAUUUAUGUCUCUUCACAAGCGAAGGACCUCAUUAGUCGGCUUCUUGUGAAGGACUCUUCAAAAAGGUUGUCUCUUCAGAAGAUCAUGGAACAUCCUUGGAUAACAAAGAAUGCUAACCCCAAGGGAGCCUGCUGGAGCUGAAGUUUUUUUUGUUCCUCCAAGCAGUAGAUGAGACUGGUUCUUUUAUGGCACAACCACACAAGAGGGGACUUGUUUUGAUUCCAAUGGCAUCCAUUG